UUUUUCAAUAGUCUAUGAAAACCAGUAAAUUUAUUACGCUGUAAAAAACAAAGUAUUUAGAGAAUCGACCUUACAGAAAAAGUUAAGAGAGUUUAAACAGAAUAUGAGUGUAAGUUUUUGUAUUUACUCUUUUUUAAUUUUUGGAAUAUUUAAAAUCCAAUGUCUACCAUCCGAUCAAGAUCUUAUAUUGGCAGCAAAAAUAUUUUCUGACCUUCUUCAUCUCAACACAAAUAAAGUAACAAACUAUGAAGAACUCGAUAAAGACUUUAACGCAAUCUUUAAUAAUCUUGAUAUUAGGAGUAGGGAUUUAAAGAAUCUAACAGACGAUUUUAAAACAAGAGUCGAAAAUUUUUUUUUCCAAAAAGAAAAGAUUAUUCGAAAACUCACAAACACGACUAGCUAUUUAGAAGAAAACUACAAAUAUGAUCCAAAUAUUAACUAUCCCAAUGUUCCAAAUGUGCGUGAUAUUAACUCAAGUCCAAAUGAGUCAAUUAUAGCGUUUGAUCCUUCAUACCCGGCAAAAAUAGAAAUCAACUUAACAAAAAGUUUUGUUCAAGUGCCAACAAAUAUAUAUGCUAACAGUGUAGAUAUUUUAAAUGCUGUUAAACGUACAGAAAAUCUCGAUGUUGUUUUUAAGGAAAACCGAGCGGAGGACAGCUCUUUGAUUCUCCAAUACUACGGUGACUCGACAGGUCUUUUUCGUAUGUUUCCUGGAAACUUAAAUGGUUUCAAAAAAGAUGAUCCUAACUACAUUGAUCUGUAUGAUUGCAGACGUCGCGUAUGGUAUCAAAUUAGUUCAGCAAGUCCAAAAGAUAUUGUCAUCAUCCUUGAUGUCUCUGGUUCUAUGAUUGGAAACAAUAUUGCUAUUGCUAAAAUUGCAGCCAAGACCUUGAUUGAUACUUUGGAAGAAAAUGAUUAUUUCAACAUGAUGACUGUAUCAAAGACUGCAAAGUUUAUUCUAAAUGAUGAAAGCAAAAAUGAAAUUAAAAAACUAAUGCAAGCAACAAAAUUUAACAAGGAAAGAAUGAAACUGGCAAUUAAUAAUAUUGAUGAACCAAAAGAUAUUUUAGAUAUUUCAAAAGCAAUUAGCAGUGCAUUUGAUUCACUUAAAGAUAAUACAACAUAUACAGCUGGUUGUAACAAAGUUAUUAUGAUAAUAAGUGAUGGCAUUGAGGGAGAUUACAGCUCUACAGCAGGAAAUGUUUUUGAUAAAAUGAAUGCAGACAAAUCAGUACGAGUUUUUUCUUAUCUUGUUGGAAGAGUGAAAAAUCCAGAUGAUCGUGCUCUCAAAGAAAUGUCAUGCAACAACAGGGGUUAUUUUUAUAAAAUUGAAACUAUAGGAAAUGUUUGGGAUGUUGUUGUAGAGUAUUUAAAAGUUUUAAGUCGACCAUUAGCAGCAAAUAGUGUCAAGAUAAAACCAAAAAUAUCUCCAAUUUACUUAGACAGUUCAGGAGCAGGUAUGGUGUUAACCAUGUCAAUGGGAGUCUUCAACAAAAAUAAUCUCUCUGGUGUAGUUGGAGUUGAUAUGCUUAUAAAUUCGUUGAAAAAAAAGGUUUCAUUUAAAGAGUUGGGUUAUCUCAGUCAUGCUAUUAUUAUUAACAAUAAUGGGUUUAUAAUACUUCACCCUAAGUUUCGAGAUCAAACUGGGUAUCUUUCUGCAUCAGCAAAUGUUUACUUUGAAGAUUUGGAAUAUAGUGUUGAUAAAAAUGACUCGAUUGCAUUAAAAAUAAAAAUGUUAAAUAGGAAUAGUGGCAACAUGAGUUUUUCAUCAUACUGGUUGUAUGAUGAUAAUAAUAGAAUUGCGUUACACAACUUCACAUAUUUUUUUUAUCCAAUCAAUAACACAAUACUGAGUUUGGCUUUAGCAAUAAGCGAUUAUGAAAUCAACUACAUGGCUGUUAACCAACAAAAAGUAACAGUCGAUAUAAUACAAAAUGGAUUAAAUGCUUUAAAUGAAAUAGUUGAUUUCAGCUGCAGUCAUCAUUAUUUUACUUACGUGCAAAUAGCUGCUUUGAUGUUUUGCAACAUUUGUAAUGAAACAAGUUAUCCAACAGCUAGCCAGGUUUAUUCUUGUUUAUCAUCAAAAAGUUUGGAUAUAGUGAAAAAAGAAUGUAACCAUGAUUUAUUUAAUAACUUGAUAACUACAGCUGGCAUAGCACAUAAAAGAAUUCUAGAGAGUUUGAACAAAUGUUCAGAUAAAAAAAAUGAUGAAAAUUUUUUUAGAUCACUUUAUGUAGGAACUAAUGGUGGUUACACUAGGUUUUUUUCAACAAACCAAACUAUACCUCCUGAACCAGAUUCACUGCGGACAUCGAUUUUUGAACGAGCACAAGCAGUUCCAUGUAGCAAACUUGUUGUAUCAGCUCCUUUUAACACAACUUUAAAUAAUGGUCCUCUUUAUAUAACAGUUGAAGCUUCAUCUUGGAUUCAACAUGGUAAAAGUAAAACUUUGGUAGCAGUUACUGGUACUGAAAUGCAUUCUGGUUUCAUUAAACAAAUGUUUGAUAAUGCAACUGAAAAUCUUAACUGUAAGAACAACGACUCUGUUGUUUGCGCCAUAGUUGAUCAACACGGCUAUAUUGUCGUCAGUAACCUUGGUGAUAAAGCAAUAGGAAGCUUUUUUGGAAAAGACCAUGGAGCUUUGAUGGAUCACUUAUCUAGUCCUAAUAUUUCUAUAUUUCGAAAAAUUACUUUAGAUGACACACAGGCUGAAUGUCCGGUUCCACAAAUAUACGACUCUGCCUCUAAUUUUUUGUUAAACCCUAUACAACUAAUGCUUAGUUUAAGUACAUGGCUUAUUGGUUCCUGUUGGAGCUUGCUUUUACAUAUAACAGUAUUAGGUACCUCUUUUUUUCGAAAGUAUUCAGCAAAUGCUGAAACAACAAUUGAUCCAAUAAAUGUGAGUUGCACCAAGGAAAUGAAUUUUUUUUUAUUUAAAGAUCACUUAUUGAACAAUUCACCCUGUAGUGAAAAUACAAAUAAAAGUGUAGUCUAUAAAGGUUCUGUUGAAUGCGAACCGUCCAUUUUUCAAAAUUACAUUUUAACCAGUGUACCUGAGACAAAUUUAGUGUUUAUAAUAGCAGAACCUAAUCACUUUAAAUGCAACCAAAAACCAUUGGAAACAAGUUCUACUAAAAAUAAAGACUUAGAUUCUUUUCAAGAUCAAAGAUUUCGAGUCAGACCAAAUGAAUGCUUUAAUCCAACUCAACCAUACGAAACAAAUUCAGAGUACUGCGGAGCUGGGAUUUUAAAGAAGCCAUCAUUUUUUAAUAUUUUUUUCUUGCUAACUUUCUAUAUUUAUCUCAAAAUGUAGCUGUGUAUUUAAAAGGCUAUUGAAUAUAAUAUGAAUGAAUUUAUUUUGAUUUUGAUAAUUAUUUUGAAUGAA